AUGGAGUCCAUGCUCAAUAAAUUGAAGAGCACUGUUACCAAGGUAACAGCAGACGUUACCAGUGCAGUGAUGGGGAACCCCGUUACUAGGGAGUUUGAAGUGGGACGCCACGUGGCGAGUGGUGGACCAGGGUUAACGUGGAAGAUAUUUAAUGGUGUGAAAAAGUCAACCAAGCAGGAAGUUGCUGUAUUUGUUUUUGACAAAAAAACAAUCGACAAGUAUCAAAAAUUUGACAAGGACCAGAUUAUCGAUUCUCUCAAACGGGGUGUCCAGCAACUAACCCGAUUGCGACAUCCACGUCUGUUAACUGUUCAACAUCCGCUGGAAGAGUCCAGGGACUGCUUAGCCUUUUGUACGGAGCCAGUCUUUGCAAGCUUAGCCAACGUUCUUGGUUGUUAUGACCAUCUACCAUCCCCUGUACCUGUGGAAAUUAAAGAACAUAAGCUUCAUGAUGUGGAAAUCAAAUAUGGUUUGCUACAGGUCUCUGAAGGAUUGUCCUUCUUACACAGCAGUGUGAAAAUGAUUCAUGGAAACCUGACCCCUGAGAAUAUCAUUCUGAAUAAAAACGGUGCCUGGAAGAUCAUGGGGUUUGAUUUCUGCAUCUCUUCAAUCGAUCCUUCAGAUCAAGAGCUUAAAUUUGGUUGCAAGGAGUGGGAUCCGAAUCUACCGCCCUUGUGUCUCCCCAACCCAGAGUAUGUGGCUCCAGAAUACAUCCUGUCUGUGAGUUGUGACCUGGCCAGUGACAUGUACUCAUUGGGGUCUGUCAUGUAUGCUGUGUUUAAUGAGGGCAAGCCCAUUUUUGAGGUGAACAAGCAGGAUAUCUUCAAGAGUUUCAGCAGACAACUGGAUCAGCUAACUCGGAUAGGCCCCAAUAUACUGCAUAAGGUCCCUGAGGAAGUCCGCGAGCACAUGAAAUUACUGUUAAAUGUAACUCCCACUGUCAGGCCGGACCCUGAUCAGCUGACUAAGAUUCCCUUUUUUGAUGAUGUAGGAGCGACAACUCUGCAGUAUUUUGACUCAUUAUUCCAAAGAGACAACCUCCAGAAGUCACAGUUUUACAAAGGACUGCCGAAAAUACUUUCCAAGUUGCCUAAGCGUGUUAUAGUGCAGCGCAUUCUGCCUUGCUUGACCUCCGAGUUUGUGAACCCAGAUAUGGUGCCCUUUAUCCUCCCCAACGUUCUCCUCAUCGUUGAAGAGUGCACUAAGGAGGAGUACGUCAAGCUGAUCCUGCCUGACCUAGUCCCAGUCUUCAAACUCCAAGAGCCUAUUCAGGUUCUAUUGAUCUUCUUACAAAAGAUGGACUUACUGCUGACUAAAACUCCACCAGAGGACAUUAAAAGUAAUGUCUUACCCAUGGUGUAUCGAGCCCUAGAGGCACCUUCCAUUCAGAUUCAGGAACUUUGCCUCAACAUCAUUCCAACCUUCGCAAAUUUAAUCGACUAUCCCUCCAUGAAAAAUUCUCUAAUUCCGCGAAUUAAGAAUGCAAGUUUACAGACAUCUUCCCUUGCAGUACGUGUCAAUUCUUUGGUUUGCUUAGGCAAGCUUUUGGAAUACUUGGACAAAUGGUUUGUCCUGGAUGAAAUAUUCCCUUUCUUACAACAAAUCCCGUCCCGGGAGCCUGCUGUUCUCAUGGGAAUUUUAGGUAUCUACAAAUGCACCUUUAGCCACAAGAAGCUGGGUGUAACCAAAGAACAAUUGGCUUCAAGGGCUCUGCCACACCUCAUUCCCCUCAGCAUUGACAACAAUUUGAACCUGAAUCAGUUUAAUUCCUUCAUGGGAGUGAUAAAAGAGAUGAUAAAUAAAAUAGAGGCUGAGCAUAAAACUAAACUGGAACAACUGCAUGGCAUGCAAGAACAGCAGAAGAGUUUGGAUCUACCCGGACAGUUUUCAAAAGUUGGUGAUUCGAAGGAAAGCUCAGACAAUCAGAUUGACAAGAUCUUCAACAACUUUGGAGUGGGUGCAGGUGGUGCAGGAAAUAACAAAGAGAAUGGGCCAGUUUCCAAUUCACACAGACAAUCCAAAGUAUCUCUUACAUUGGAAGAAAAACAGCGACUGGCCAAAGAGCAGGAACAGGCUCAAAAACUUAGAAACCAGCAACCUCUUGCCCCUCAAGCUCUCCGAGCUUCACCUGCCAGUAAGCAGACCAAAGACCUGACAAGCAGUUUGUUAGACAGUAUGACCUCCAUGAACUCACUUUCCAUAAACACAUCCAAGCCCAGUACUGGUUCAAGUGGGUUUGCCUCGAUUGGUCCAAUAAACAACAGGAUGGGAUUUCCAUGUCCAAGCAGUAACAUGAACACUUUAGGAAAUGUGAGCAAUGGUGCAGGUUACAGCACUGCAAUGACAUUCCAACCUUCAUAUGUGAACAGCACGGGAGUGGCUGGUGCAAAUCAGAAUUUCUUCAACGGUCGAGCUACAGCUGGUAUGAACAGAAUGACUAUGCCAAAUGCUACUAGUAUGCCAACUUUCUCCACAAUGGGAAAUAUGAGCCAGCCUGGAAUUCCACAGAUGCCCCAUCACUCUCAGCAGCAAGGUAAACCUGUAAACUUGACGGCCUUGGAUAAUCUGCUUGGACCGCAGAAAUCUAGAGUCAGCAUGAACCAAAUGCUACACCAGAUGCAGGCACCAGCAGCUGGUCAGAACCAAUGGGUCAACCAGUUUGUUCCAUCCCAAGGUUCACAGGUCGUCAACAGUCCAAUGGGAGGAACUCCAGCAAACGUGAUGGGACAAGCUGGGUUUGGUCUGCCGUCACUGCAGGCAAACCCAUUUAUGUCUCCGAAGACCUUUAUGCAGCCAAGCUUGCCCACGAACUCCAUACCACCGAGCAGUUCAGCUAACAAUGACCUGAAGGACCUAUUUGGUUAAUGUUCACCCACUUCUUCACAGAGUUUUGGAAGAAGAUUGCAACUUCUGAAUUGUUCAAAGCAUUUAUUGCUUUUGAGUUUCCGUGCUUUAUCUGGCCAGUUUUGUUCCUUUUUGCUGCUGGAAAUACCCAACUGGCCUUACAUAGUGAAUGUUACCCAACGUGUCCAAACCAGCAGGUUUUCACAGGUUGCAGGUGGUCUUAUAAUAUGAAAAGCAUGUUCUCUUUGCUGCCUUUUACAGGUAUUCACUGUGAGAAGACUUUCUGCUCAGUGCUACUUCAAUUUUAGUUCACAUGAUAAAAAAGCUGGCUGUCUGGGACCAGUUCUGCAGCCUUAAUGAAUUUGCAGCAAUAUUAGGCGAGACAAUUUUAAUUUAUUCUAAUUUGUUGAUAUUUUGUUUGUCAGAAAUGACGCUGAUUAAUCAUUCUGCCACUUUGCCCAUGACAGAUUAAAGAUAAAUAGUUUACAGUUAAGUAAAGUCUUAGUUUACUUUGUUAGGCAAUUGGUAAACGUGAUGUAUUAGAUGAAGACUUAUGAAUAUGAUUGAUCAGUUGAGCAGCAUGUUUAAGUUCUUUGUAAAUAUCCUUUGUCUUGAAACUGUUGCCUACGUUUAGGGCAACUGCAGUGUAUACUGUCCAAAGUUAUUCAACAUAUCAAAAUUCCUGUUAUUUUGAAGGCAACUGUGGCUUCUUGAAAUUCUUUAUUUGAAGUGUUUUCUUAAGACUGUUGUAUUUUAUUGAUCUGACUUAAUUGUAAAGGGUUGGUGAAAUUACAAUAUAUGGGGCACUUAUUUUAGGCAUUUAGCAACAGUUUUCUUGCCUAUCUUGAUUUUCUAGUGUAUGUUUGAUGUGAUAAUUUGUUGAAAGAUACUUUCUCUUGGCAUGACAUGGCAUAUCAUCUUCCUGAAUACUAUAGGUAUUUAAAAAAAACUAUUCUUAUACCAAAUUGUAGAUCAAUUGAAGUGGAAUAAAUGUACAGUAAGUGUUUAGACACUUUAAAUCACUUUGUACUGUAAAAUUAACCAGUGUUGUUUUAGAAGGUCAAAACUAUAGAUACAUAGAGGAAGAAACAAUAUUAUGAUGUUUUAGCAUUAAAAUCAAGGAAAAAGA